GCUCUGUGCUGCGCGCUCUCGGCUUCCCUCCGCUCCUCGCGCUUGACCAUCCCGACCCGCUCUCAGACAUCCCGUAAAAAAAAAAAAAAAAAGAUGACCAUCAACACCCUGGAUAAAGGAGCUUGGCACCGGCAGCAGAUGCUUUGCUUUCAAAAGAUGGAGAAAGUGAUCGUGGCCAUGCAGGACCCUGACACAGGCAUGAAGAUGAGAAACCAGCGGCUCCUCAUCACGGUCAUCCCGCACGCCAUGACAGGUUAUGACGUCAUUGCCUGGUUAAUCCAGAAAUAUAAUGUCAGUGAAGAGGAGGCCCUGCACCUUGGCAAAAUGCUGGUGAGAUAUGGAUACAUUUACCCCCUCAAGGAGCCAAGAUCUCUUGUGUUACGGCCUGAUGAAUCACCUUACCGCUUCCAGACCCCUUACUUCUGGACUAGCACGCAAUGGCCUGCGUCAGAGCUGGACUAUGCAAUCUAUUUGGCAAAAAAGAACAUCAGAAAACAAGGAGAACUGAUGGAAUACGAAAAGGAAAGGUACAGUCAGCUGCACAAGAGGAUCAACCACACCUGGGACUUUGUGGUAAUGCAAGCCAGGGAACAGCUGAGGGCGUCCAAACAGAGGAGGAAGGCUGACCGCAUUGUUCUAGAAUGUCAGGAGCAAGCUUACUGGCUCAUCAACAGACCACCGCCGGGAGCACAUAACGUGUUGGAUGUCGGUCCAGAGAGACCGAAUAACUUCAGCUCACAUGUGACGCUGAACAGCGAUUACUACAAAAGAGAGAUUGAAACCUGUCAACGGGCCCUCGGAAGAAACCGUGUGAAGUCAUCCAUCUGCCUAGAAGGUUUUUUGAAAUACAGUGAGCAGUACCAGAACCAUGAUCCCAUUAUGCAAGGCUGCCUUCCCAGUAACCCCUGGAUCUCUGAUGACACGUCCCACUGGACAAUGAAUGCAGACAUAGUACUGACACCAACACAGCUUCGAGUGGAGCGCUGGAGCUUCAGCUUCAUGGAGCUUCUGAAUGAUACCAUGGGGAGGCAGGAGUUUAUGACCUACCUGGAGAAAGAAUUUAGUGCGGAGAACCUGUGUUUCUGGCAGGCCUGUGAGGAUAUUAGACACGGAGAAAGCUCCAAGAUCAAAGAGAAAGUGGAAGAUGUCUAUAGAAAUUUCCUAUCUCCCGGAGCCGCCCACUGGGUGAACAUCGACAGCAAGACGAUGGACAAAACUUUAGAGGGGAUCAAACAGCCGCAUCGCUUUGUCAUGGAUGAUGCACAGUUACACAUAUACUUCCUCAUGAAGAAGGACUCUUACCCAAGAUAUCUGAAGUCUGACCUUUACAAGAACCUGCUGGCUAAAGCUAUUGUCCCCCAAGAGACCAAGAAAAGUGUCUUUCCCUUCAUGAGACGCCAGCGCCACGCGAGCCCGUCUCCCGCUCAGGCUGUCAGCCAGGCAGCGGAUGAAGACGAGCGGGCGGGAAGGGUUGAAGGUUACGCAGGUGCUAACUCUGCAGUCUGAUGCACGUCCAGUAAUGUGGCGCACAGUCGCCUCACUCUCAUCACCUCUCUUGUAGCAACGUCAAAGUUGUUCUGUUUAUCUCUCAACUCAAAUAUUUUCUUUCACUACUGGGAGCCAGAGCUUAAAUGAAGUACUUCCUUUCACUACACACCACAGCACUGUGUCUGACUAGCACAACAUAUGCAU